UAGGAUCGGUGAGUGUCGUGCUAAGUGUUUACCAUGAGAAAAAUGUCGGAUAAAAUGAAAAUAGAUAUUUCGGGCGGAUGUGAAAACAUUCCUAUACAUUUAGAAGAUGACAUGCAUUGGGAGUGUUUAAACACUUUUAAUUAUGUCUGCUGUAACAUACCAGGACCCGGAACUGAAACAACUGACUUUGAGGAACAGAUGCCUGGCUGUUCAUGUACAGAAACGUCAUGUGACACAAAAUGUCCGUGCAUGAAAUAUGGACCGUCGUAUACUUGUGACGGAAAACUUCGGAAAACAAUAUCUACUGGAAUUGAAUUAAGUGUUCUUAAUGAAUGUAACUUAUUAUGCACGUGUCCUGACUCUUGCAGUAAUAGACUGGUACAGCGUGGAAUAAAACACCGCUUAGAAGUCUUCAAAUCGGAUGGUAAAGGUUUUUGUCUGCGGACACUUGAGGCAAUAGACUAUGGAGAAUUUGUGUGCGAGUAUGCUGGUGAAAUACUUACACGAGAAGAAGCCAAAACGAGGUUUGACAAACAGGAAAAGUGUGACAUGAAUUAUAUCUUUAUGCUUAAUGAACAUUUCACUUCCGGUGUUCAUACAACAUUCAUUGAUCCUGGUAAGAUUGGAAAUGUUGGGAGGUUUAUUAGUCAUUUCUGUGAACCGAAUUUGUCUGUAUAUCCGGUGCGCGUGCAUAAUCUCGUGCCAAAAGUGUGUUUAUUUGCUGCACGUGACAUUUAUGCAAAUGAAGAAUUGACUUACAGUUAUGGUCAAAGUUAUCCGGGUACUACAGAUGAGGACAAAAAGAUUUGUAAAUGUAACUCAGAAAAAUGCAGAGGAUUUCUCCCAGUUGAUCUUUCUGUUUUGAAAUAAAAUAUAUGAUGCAAAUUUUAUAUCAAGUGAUGGAUUAUAAAGAAACGUAUUUGAAUAAGCAGGGACGUCCAUGGUCAAAUGGUUAAGGUCAUUUACUUCAAACCACUUGCCUUUCACCUCUGUGGACUCGAAUCUCGCCACUAACGAACUUUGGAUUAUUUCAUGUGAGGGAGCUAUCAAGCUAUAGCUUACGGAAUGUCUGUGGCUGAACUCGGUGCCUGUUCGUUCCUGAAGUAAUGCACGGGUGGAGUAAAGUGUCACUUGGGUCAAUGUCACUUAUGCUAAGGAUAGAUUUGUACACAUCUGCUCUUGUUGUCUUUAUUUAUUGACCUAUAUACAUUGAAAACUAUGACAAAUGUGCAGCUUUGGUGAGAAUCCAUCGACAUAAGCGAUAUUUCUUUUUAUUAUAGAGGGGUUGAAGGAUAAUAAAAUCUGUCAUUUACAAAUUUAAAUCUGAUUUCGCUACUGAUAACAAUAGGUAAUUUCAAAUGAGUUGUUUCUUUUGUCUUACAUGUUAUUCUCCUCCAUAUCCCAUGUAGAAUUUAACUACAUGUAGUGGACUUGUUUUGUUUGAAUUAAGAACUAUCCCUUUUUCGUGUAUAAAAUGCAUGUAGUAAAGUAUUUAAGCACCACUGCUCGUUUUAUUCAAUCGUAUUCAAAUUGCCAAGAUAUGCUAGUCGGCUUGGCUCUACGGCAGAUAAGUAAUUAUUAGUGCUGGCUAUUUAACCCUUACCACGUUGAAUAUUUUAAAUUGACUUGUCCAGCGUUCAAUUUGAACAAAACCAUUAAUCUUUUUAAAGAAAUACUCAAUAUAUUUACUUACUGAAUAGCAACCAGUGUAGCUGUCUCUCGGGCUUUAAAACGUGAAAAAAACGUUUAAGUCAUAUUUCGAAUUUCCAGUUUUUUUCUAGUGAAGGAAGGCCUUACUAAGAAACUCCCUCCAAAUAUAUUUUACACAAAAAGAUUUGCAAUUUGAUAUACAAUAUCUACUUAUUUUAAUAUUAUGAUAAGAAAUCCAUACUUAUAAUCAUGAAAUAUAAUUAUGAAAGUUGGUUUUUCAUUUCAGAAUAAUGAAUUAUAAGAGGAAA